CGCCCUCGGUGCCCGCAGCCACGAUGAACCGCGGCGGCAGCAGCCCGUCGGCCGCCGCCAACUACAUGCUCUGUACCAACUGCCGGAAAGUGUUGCGGAAGGAUAAAAGAAUCAGAGUAUCUCAACCCUUGACAAGAGGACCAAGUGCCUUUAUUCCAGAGAAGGAAGUUGUCCAAGCAAACACAGGAGAUGAACGUACUAACUUUCUUGUGGAAGAAUACUCUACAUCCGGUCGUCUGGACAACAUCACCCAGGUCAUGAGUCUGCACACUCAGUACCUGGAGUCUUUCCUGCGGAGCCAGUUCUACAUGCUGCGCAUGGACGGCCCCCUUCCUCUGCCACACAGGCACUACAUCGCAAUAAUGGCUGCAGCUAGACAUCAGUGUUCUUACUUAAUAAACAUGCAUGUGGAUGAAUUUAUAAAGACAGGAGGUAUUGCUGAGUGGUUGAAUGGUUUGGAGUACGUACCACAAAGACUGAAAAAUCUUAAUGAAAUAAAUAAGCUGCUAGCACACCGACCUUGGCUGAUCACGAAAGAGCACAUUCAGAAACUUGUCAAAACUGGAGAAAAUAAUUGGUCUCUACCCGAACUGGUACAUGCUGUGGUCCUGCUGGCACAUUAUCAUGCUUUGGCAAGCUUUGUUUUUGGUAGUGGCAUCAAUCCAGAGAGAGAUCCAGAAAUCUCCAAUGGAUUCAGGCUAAUAUCAGUCAACAACUUCUGUGUUUGUGACCUCGCUAAUGACAACAACAUAGAGAAUGCAUCCCUUACAGGCAACAACUUUGGGAUUGUAGAUUCUCUAAGUGAGCUAGAGGCCUUAAUGGAGAGAAUGAAAAGGCUUCAAGAAGAAAGAGAAGAUGAAGAGGCGUCUCAGGAAGAAAUGACCACCCGUUUUGAGAAGGAGAAGAAAGACAGUCUGUUUGUGGUCUCUGGAGAUACUUUUCAUUCAUUUCCUCAUUCAGAUUUUGAAGAUGACAUGAUUAUAACAUCUGACGUCUCCCGUUACAUCGAAGACCCUGGUUUUGGGUAUGAAGACUUUGCCAGAAGAGGAGAAGAGCAUUUGCCAACAUUCCGAGCUCAGGAUUAUACCUGGGAAAAUCAUGGGUUCUCCCUGGUGAAUAGACUUUACUCUGACAUUGGACAUCUUCUUGAUGAAAAGUUUCGCAUGGUCUACAGUCUCACCUAUAACACUAUGGCCACCCACGAGGAUGUCGAUACAACCACGCUGCGCAGAGCUUUAUUUAACUAUGUCCACUGUAUGUUUGGAAUCAGGUAUGAUGACUAUGAUUAUGGAGAAGUUAACCAAUUACUUGAACGAAGCCUGAAGGUUUACAUUAAGACGGUGACCUGCUAUCCUGAGAGAACUACCAAGCGCAUGUAUGAUAGUUACUGGCGUCAGUUUAAACACUCGGAAAAGGUUCACGUAAAUUUACUUCUAAUGGAAGCACGGAUGCAAGCUGAACUUCUUUAUGCUCUUCGUGCCAUAACUCGGCAUUUGACCUGAAGCAUCAUCCAGGGAAAAUGUCAUAUAUGUGUAAAGACCUUUUCACAUAAGAUACAAAUCAGAAGCUGUUUGUGAUGUAGCAUCAAAAAUUAUUCAAUUCUAUAGUGUCAAAGUUUAGCCGUUUUUUGGGGCGGCUGUAAUGUGCAAUGAUGUGUUUUCUUUUUCUUGAUGCUUAACAUUACUAACAACUGCAAAAAUAAUACUGAGGAGCACUACUUUGCAUUGUUCAUAGUUGGAUUUUUGGAAACUGAUCAUAAAUCAUGAACCUGAUUUGUUAAUGCUUAACUUCCAGCGCUUUUGGGUUUGUGUGUAUGUGUAUUUUUUUCUGCCCCGCCCCCCUUUGUUUUUGUUCAGUAAGGAAAGUGCUUACAAUCUGCUCCAGCAAUUUUUUUCAGAUAUUGGAAUUCAGCAGAGAAUGACCUCCUCUGGUCAUUCUAAUCUUCUCAUGUUGUGUCCUAAAUCUGGUAAAGGAAAAGCAUGCGCUGUUGAACCAAGCUGCUCACAGGACACGUACCUGUGUCCCCAGGAGAUUGUUUGUCAGGCACUGUUUGGUUUUUUGAUUGUUUGUUUUUGUUUUUUUGGUUUUUUGGGGUUUUUUUUUUUACUGCUAUUGGCGAUAACGUGAAAUGUGAUACAGCCAUUGUCCAUAAUUUAAUGUGAAAUUAAUCAUGAUGAAUUCUAUAGCAUGCUACUGAAAUGCCAAAUUCAGCUAUUUUCUUCUCUUCUGAAACUGAAGUUUCAGUUUUCCAUAUCAGAUGUAUAUAUUAAAAGUGGAAUUAUGCACAAUCCUUUCUAUCACUGACAGUAAUCCUCAGUCAUCUUAAGUAAUCAGUGCUCACAGUGCUGCUUACAGUUCAUUUAGUUGGCACAUACAAACCUGUACCCACACAAGACUGACCAAAAAUUUUCUUUGCACGUUUUUCUUUUCUCAUAGUGUUUUCUAUAUGGCAGUAAGCAGAGGAAGGUUAAUAUACCUAUAUUUUUUCCUGUUAGGCUUUAGAACUUUUUUCCCAUGAUUUUUCUUAUAAUAGGUUAAACAGUUUAUUACUGAAAGGUAAAAAUUGUGUUUCUAUGCAUUAAUGUGAUUGAACAACAACAACAAAAGAGAGAGUGCAAUACGUUUAAAAAAAAAUACUCAACUAAACUUUCCCCCUAUUAUGUCACUGCAGAAGUGUCCUUUAAAACAGAGCCAUAAAGAAAUUUAGUUCAGAUUUCUUUAUUGCACAAGGCUUUCGCCUUACUGGGGUUGAACAAUGUUCCUUUCAUAAUGCCAAAGCAUCCCCUUCCCCAGAAAAAUCUCUUUGGACAACUGGUUAAAAAAAAAAAAAAAAGAUAUCAAGUCUUAGGGGAAGAAUAGAAGCAUCCAAAAA